AUGGAACAGGAAGAUGUGGUCUCUGAUGGGAAUAGGAGCGACUACAACACUGACAUAUGCAAGGCGCAACACCCAGUUGAUGCAAGCCGUUCACUUCACUUUGUGUCCGACUUUCCGCACUUAAUUAAGUGCCUCAGAAAUGGCCUCCUGAAGAGCAGCUUCAACACACCAGCAGGCGAGGUCUCUCUUUGUCCACUACGGAAAGCACUGGAGCUUGACGGCUCUAAUGUAACCCUUCAAGCCAUGUCUGGAAUAACAAGCAGUCACACAAACCCGAACAACUUUGAGAAAAUGAGGGUUCCCUUUGCAUUUCAAGUGUUUGGUGACAAGGUGCUCAAUGGUCUUCGACUGUAUGAGACAGAGCUGGAACGCAACUGUGGAAGCAUACAACCAGUGCUCACCUUCGUUGGAAUGAUACGAGACGUCAUUGAAAUAAUGACAUCCCGAUUUCCAAGACAAGCCCUGCGGCCAGACUCUGCGUCGGAGGACAAGCUACUUUCGUUCUUGACGUACCUGACCGCAUGGGAGCUGCAUGCAGGUGGUCGAGGUGGCUUUCUUUCGGCAUCUACUGCGCCUGGCCUGAGAGUCACAAUUGGUAGCGUUCUGUCAUUGCUGACAUAUCUGACAGAGAACGUUGGCUACAAGUACCUAAUGACCGCCAAGCUUAGUCAGGACCCAGUGAAAAAUCUGUUUGGCAUAUGUGAUGAAUGCCACAAAUUGCUUCUCACAAAAAAGGAUGAUGUGGAUUGUCUUGCUGCUGCUCAGUACACCCGGCUGCGAGACAAUGGUGGCCUACUGUACCCAACUGGAUGA